ACGGGCCGGGAGCCGCGGGGGACCGCCCGGGAAUGCUGCGCUCGGCAGCCGCACGGCCGAGGGACUAUCCUGACACACUAGAUCUUGGAAGCAGAGGAAGAAUCCACUGCACCAUGAGACUCACCUGCUGUCUCUUACUCAUGGCAGUGUUCUGUGUGACACCUUUCCUCUGCCAUAGUCAGAUUGAUCCACUGGCUCUUGGGCGGGCAGACCCCCAGUGCUGGGAAUCCUCCUCAGCUGUUUUACUGGAGAUGAGGAAGCCUCGCAUUUCUGACUCUGUCAGUGGCUUUUGGGACUUCAUGAUCUUUCUGAAAUCCUCAGAGAACUUGAAACACGGGGCUUUGUUCUGGGACCUGGCUCAGCUCUUCUGGGAUAUCUAUGUGGACUGUGUGCUCUCCAGAACCCAUGGCCUGGGCAGAAGGCAGCUGGCAGAAGCUCAGCAGAAGAUGGCUACUCUACAUUCUCAGUUCACAGGGAGAAACCAAGGGACAUUUUCUCAUAUUCAGAGGUCACCAGUUCUGAAGAAGGACUCUUUUGAAGAUGUAAUAAGCAUCCAUAUAGAUAAGAGUAGAUCUAUAUUACUUGGAAGAAUCAUUGGAGAGCUAGGAAAAAAGAGGAAAUUACACAUUUAGUCUAAGAUCCUGAUUUAUAGAUAAUUUAAAACUAUUUAAUUUUUUUAAAAUUUUUUUAAAAUGUUUUUUUAUUUUAAUCCCCAUUGAUGUCAAUUUAUAUGGUGGAAGAAGGCAUGUAACCUCGAGCACUACAUCUCUGAUUAAUUUGGACUCAUGAGUUUUCUUAAUUACUUAUGAAUUUCAUCUUCUUACUAAACUGCAUGAUUUAUAAGCAGAUGCCUACUUUAAACUGUGUGUAUAUCAGGCUUUUUGUAAUACAUGUGGUUUGUUUAAACUAUUGUCUUUUGGGUGCCAAAACAGGAAAUAACUGAUCCUUCAAUAAAAAAUAGACAAGCAGAGAAGGAAGUUGUCAAAAAACCUCCACUGGCUCCAAGACAGGAUUAGAGAAGAGAUGGUGAUGUUAGGUUGUAUGCAGAGCUGUACAUUUGUACAGAGCAACCUCUGCUCAGACAUCAUCCUACUAAAGAGAAACAGUGCAAAUUUCUACAUGAAAAAUACCUUCCAAGAAUGUCUUCAGUUUUCCAGUAAAAGGAUUAACAGAUUUUACCAGCUCCUCUGCUUUCACAUUUAAAUUUUCUAAUCACAAACAUUCUCAUACAUAACUAGCAAUUGCUUCUUUUUUAUAAGUUCUUUGUUGAAAAAUCAGUUUCUUUUGAUUCUUGCUGGUAACCCUAAUAGGCAAUUUGACA